UGGUUUCUGGCUUUUUUCCUGGUGAUUCUUGGUUCUCUUUUGCAGGGUGUGCUCAGUGGGUUUAGCCCUUUCCUAAGAAAUGCCAAAUAUACCUGCCCGGGUAUGUAUUUUCACACACACAUACACCGUCUCUGCACAAACAAGAGAUGGAAGGCCAUGUAGGACCUGUGAAACUGCCUGAGGCUGUGCAAAGGGAGAUUGUGUGAGCUGCACUGAUGUUCCCCUUCAUUUGUUUUCCUUUGCCUCAAUGAGUUUGUGUUGGAAUGAAUAUUCUGUGAAAUGUCCUGGCAAAGUAAGAUGCUAGUUCCUCAAUCUCCAUGUGCUCUGGGGUACACCCAGGAUAUGGGGUUUUCAGCACAUCACAUCAGAGCCUGUGACAGGCCCUCACCAGUGUGGGAGGUGGCCUGUGCAGGAGGAAGGCUGUUUGUGGCCACACUGGUAACGGAGACCCUUGGAGAAGAGUGAUUCUCUUGUAGAGAUGAUGGAUCACCAAAGCAGAGUCAGUCCUGGAACUGCAGGUAACCAACCCCCAAACCUUCCUUCCUUUCUGUCCUCCUGCCAAAGGAGAUGGGGGAAAGACAGGGCUGGGAUGGAUCUUGGCCAUGGUGUGGUCGCCGGCCUCCUGCCAGAGGAUGGGGCUUAGGACAAGAGGAAAGCAACAGAUGAGGGAAGUGGGCAGUGCCCAGGCUGGCAGAAUGAGCUUCUUCCUAGAGCCAGGGGGAAUGGAAGUGCAGGCAGACUGUGCCCUGCUCAUCCCUUCAGUGGUUUGUCAGUACACAAUGGGGCUGAGGGGUGCCAUCCUUCUGUGAUUCCCCCGGUAAAGCUCUCUGCGUCACGCCGAGCACAAGUCCCUGCUCCCAUCUCUGGUGUCUUGAAGAACAACCCAGCCAGAGCUCUCCCAAGAGCUCCCAAGUGCCUUUUCCCCCUGUGGAAGCAAUCCCUUCUGAGUGUCUGGCUGUGCACACCCUAAGCUGGGCAGUCACUCCUUUGGGGGACCGUGCCAUUGCAGAAAGGGGCUCACGGUACACAGGCAACAUACAGCUAGUGAGAGAAAGAAGCUCUAAAGAGAGAGGAAGAGGAGGGAGGUCUAGAAAGAGCAUUCAGGGACACACAAGGGUAAUGGAAGGGAACAAGGAAGAUGUGUUGAGGAGAAAGGAGGUCUGACAGGACAAAGAGGGAGUGAGGAUUGGGCAGAAUACAGACGUGUCUUGUAAGAAACAGGGAAAUAAGAAAACAGCCUCAGGGCAGCUCCUGUGUUACUGUACUCUGUGGCUCUGAGCCACUGCUAGUGACAGGCAGCAGGACCUGCUUCCAGCACCUGUGGGGCUCCCCAGUCCUUGGAACAAGGGACCAGUAGGCUAUUGGGGUAUGGAGCCACCUGGGUCAUGCUGCCCCCAGCUCUGGGUUCGGACAUGCUCACUCUUGCUUUGUGUUUUUCAGCCCCAGCAGAAGAGAGAAGCUGCUCCUGGCUGAACAUCUGGGUCUUCCUUAUCUUUGCCCUUGCAAUCAAAGCUGCCUUUGUGACCAUUUGCCUUGUGGUUCCCUUCUGCCACAGCACUGACCAGCCCACAGCCCUGCAGCAGCAGUUCUCGGAGUGGAAGUGCGACUCAGCGGUGCCACAAGGCACAGCACGAGGCUGGACGUGCUGCCCAAAUGGCUGGAGAAGGUUCCAAAGAAGCUGCUAUUUCCUGUCCCUUGACACAAUGAACUGGACUGAGAGUGAGCAGAACUGCACUGGGAUGGGCUCCCAGCUGGUGGUGAUCAACAGCAAGGAAGAGCAGGUUUUCCUCUCCAUGCAAAUAAAACAACCUCCUAGAAGAGAGAAUUUCUACAUCGGUCUGUUUGCAGAGAAGGUGGGCAAGUGGCAGUGGGUGGACAAGACUCCAUAUAAUGUGACAGCAGCGUUCUGGCGAGAAAAAGAACCAAGUGAUACCCUUGAUGAGAACUGCACGGUAAUGCAUGUGCUUGAAAAAUCUCUCAACAACUGGAAUGACAUCAGAUCAGAUUUGGUGCAUCAUCGAAUUUGUGAAGCUGCAGCAGUAACUCUGUGAUGGAAGUGCCCCUGUCCUUAGUAAAGCUGGGAGCUGAGCAGUGAGCUGGGAACAGCGCUGGCUGUGUGGGGAGGGGUGGGGAGCCCUGAUACAUCUUCACUGUGUGGGGUGGGACCAUGGGUGUGAACGUGAAAUGAGCUUUGUCCAGCAUCCCCCAUGCAUGGGGUGGCUCAGGAAACACAGGAAGGCUCAGGCUCACUGAAGCUGGUGCUGUGUUCUUGUGUCCUCUCUGAGUGGGUCCAGCAGCCUCUGGCUGAAAAGAGAUGGACUUCUCCAGGAGGAAGACACAGGAAUGGAAGGCAGAUAUCCUGGAACAUAUCCUGGAAGGACAGAGAUUCUAUAUGCUUCAUCUCCUUGAGCAGAGCUGUUUGCUUUUUGUUGAGUCACACACAAAAUGUCCUCUAGCUGUACUGGUUUUGCUGAACAAAUUCAGAAAACUUAAUCAAGAGAAAAUACAAUACCACACCAAUGAAGAAAGGCUCUGUGCUGUGUCUCUGUAUCUCUCUUUUCCCCCAUCUCCGAGCUGGAAAGCUUUUGUCCUAGAAUCAUGGAAUGGUUUGGAGUUGCUGGGCUUGGCACUGGGUGGAAAGACCUGCCGUGUCCAGGGUCUUUAGCGCCAUUCCCACGUGUUUCUGGCUUUUGCCAUGCAGGAUUCCGCUUUAGGCCUCCCCUCUGCAGUAGCUUGUAGCACACAAGCAGGACAAGGAGCAGAAUUCCUAUCUUCCCUCCUCCAGACAAGAGCCAUCCCAGCACAGGAGGGUUACACCUGCUGUGGUGAAUCCAGCUGGAUGUGCACAUUCCCUGAAGGACAGAGCUGACAAGCAGGUCCCUCUGCUGGGUGUCUGCUCCCAGGGCCAGCCUGUGGUGAGCAGCAGCCCCUUGCCGGGUCUGGACACGGCCCCCUCGCCUUGGCUUUAGGAAAAAGGUGGUAUUUCCUACAGGAUUGCUGUUAUCCCUGCUGCCAGCACUUCUCCUGUGAUUUCUGCCUUGUGCUUUGUUAGUAUUUCCUUCCAGGCUACUUGCCUUUAUGUCAGUGCUGCAGACAACUCUUUCCCUUCAAAUCUAUUGGAAUUCAAGAAAACUGGAUAGCAGGACUGCUCAGGGGAUUCACAUUGAUGGAGAAAUGGUCAUCAACCACUGAGAAAGAAAGAACGUCCUCCACCAAGUUAAUUUCUGAACAUGAGCACAUUUGUUGUUCUUUAUACUUGGAACCCUCUCCACUUCUUGUUGCUCAGACGGCCUGGACAGCAGCGAGUGAUAAAGGUAUCUGAGGCACAGAAGAAACUCUCUGAAAACAAAGUUUGGAAGAAAGAAGAACUGUUUAAGAGAGAGAGGAGAGAGAAGUGGGAAGGAAGUGGCCAUUGAACUCAGGGUGUUCUGCAACUUGGCCACCUCUGUCUGUAACAAGCGCCCUGGCAGCUGAGUGCCAUGGGUGACCUCACUCAAGGCACUGAGGGGUGCAGCAGGCACAGGCCCACAGUUCUGCAGUGUGACAAUGUGACUCUGUGCUUUCACCUGUGGUUCACUGCUGCUGGAAGAGGUGUGGAUACACACGAACCCUGCACCUCCAGCAGGAAGUGGGUGGGACUGGGGAACCCCACAAGGGGAUGUGUUCUUGCAGCUGAACUUCCUGGCGGGCUGGUGGGAGACUGGAGGUUGCACAAGUCUUGAGAAAGUGUUUUUAUGUGGGGUGAGAUCUUGUGAACAUUAGUUGCAUAAAGAUGCUUAGAAACAUAGGCUCUGACCCAGCCUGCAGCCUGUUGUGCACAAAGUAACAGAAUCAGAGGAUGUCUUCUACAGGGAGCUCAGGCUUGUCCUCACCUGGAAGCAGUUCUGUGCCCUGAUCUUCUGAUGCUUCAGCUGAAAUGGCUGUGCUCUUGCCAUCAGCUCUUCCACUCCUGUGACACUGCACCCAUGCAUUCCACUCCAAAGGGAGGAACCAGCUGAUGGAACAAGGCUGUGUUCCCAUUUAGUCUGUUCCACAUAUGUCUGCAGCUUUUGCAGCCACAACCAAGAGAGACUUCAUAAUCUGUCACAUACAAGGACUUUGGCACUGCCUAGUGAUCCUUCUGCCCCACAGUGCCAGGUCAUAUGGAAUCCCUUUGCUCAAAGCCACAGCCUCCCUUCAAAUGGAAUUCAAUCAAAACAGUGUUGGCAAGUUCUCUGUUGUGCUCUGGAUUUCUGGGCUCAGGAUGCACAUGGGCACUGCACAGGGCAUGGGCAGGGCCCAGACUGAGUCAUAGAUAUGCCUUCUGGUUUUUGGCUUUUUUCCUGGUGAUUCUUGGUUCUCUUUUGCAGGCUGUGCUCAAUGGGUUUAGCCCUUUCCUAAGAAAUGCCAAAUAUACCUGCCCGGGUAUGUAUUUUCACACACACAUACACCGUCUCUGCACAAACAAGAGAUGGAAGGCCAUGUAGGACCUGUGAAACUGCCUGAGGCUGUGCAAAGGGAGAUUGUGUGAGCUGCACUGAUGUUCCCCUUCAUUUGUUUUCCUUUGCCUCAAUGAGUUUGUGUUGCAAUGAAUAUCUUGUGAAAUAUCCUGGCAGGGAAAUGAUGAAAAUUCCUCAAUCUCCAUGUGCUGUGGAGUACACCCAGGAUAUGAGGUUUUCAGCACAUCACAUCAGAGCCUGUGACAGGCCCUCACCAGUGUGGGAGGUGGCCUGUGCAGGAGGAAGGCUGUUUGUGGCCACACUGGUAACGGAGACCCUUGGAGAAGAGUGAUUCUCUUGUAGAGAUGAUGGAUCACCAAAGCAGAGUCAGUCCUGGAACUGCAGGUAACCAACCCCCAAACCUUCCUUCCUUUCUGUCCUCCUGCCAAAGGAGAUGGGGGAAAGACAGGGCUGGGAUGGAUCUUGGCCAUGGUGUGGUCGCCGGCCUCCUGCCAGAGGAUGGGGCUUAGGACAAGAGGAAAGCAACAGAUGAGGGAAGUGGGCAGUGCCCAGGCUGGCAGAAUGAGCUUC